GCAUACCGAGAGCCACUUCCGGAACAAGCAUCGCGUUUCUCAGGAGAAACUCCAGGUGAGAAUUCCCAGAGUGACAAUGGCUACCUAUAGUCUGGCGAACGAGAGACUACGCGCCCUGGAAGACAUUGAACGGGAAAUCGGCGCCAUCCUUCAGAAUGCAGGUACCGUGAUCCUAGAACUGUCCAAGGAAAAAACCAACGAGCGGCUUCUAGACCGGCAGGCGGCGGCCUUCACCGCUUCAGUGCUACACGUGGAGGCGGAGCUGUCGGCUCAGAUCCGCUACCUCACCCAGGUGGCCACAGGGCAGCCCCAUGAGGGCUCCAGCUACUCUUCGAGGAAGGACUGUCAGAUGGCUCUGAAGCGAGUGGACUAUGCCCGCCUCAAGCUCAGUGAUGUGGCUCGAACCUGUGAGCAGAUGCUGGAGAACUAGGCCAGGGAGGUAGACCCAGAGCUCAGAGGGAGACCAUCGCCUGCGCCAUGGGACAGAACCUGAGAACACGUAGGGUGGGGAGUAUGUGCACCAACAUGCCCUGCUGGUCAAAGUACCCUAAGACAAAGGGGCAAAUGGUGGGCACGGAAAAAACUGAAGCCCAAGCCUGCCCACGGCUAUGCCCUGGCCUCUCCAGCAGGGUGCUCCUGCUCUGCUCUCCCCAAACACCCUGACAGGCUCAGAGAGAGAUGGAAACUCCCAUACCCAACCCACUUCAUCUAACACUUCAUGCUGCUGCCCCAGCCUUCCUGCAGACUUGGCCUAACAAAGACACAUUCUUCUUCAUUCAGAGAGACAAAACAAGAACUAGAGCCUUAAUAAUAAUAAAAGCAAUAACAAUAAAAACAA